GUGGCCACGCUUGCAAAUAGCCCCAGAGUCUGAAUUUGGGCUCCUCGUGCCACGGUGAAGCCGAUACGUCGGGAUUCACAGGAACGGAGACUGCUGCACCACAGAAAUUCAGUUUGUGAACCACAAAAAUCCAGAAGCUGCAAAAAUAGAGGAAGGUGGGAUCAUUGCCCUGAAACACAUAUACCCACUGCAUACUUGUGUGAUCACUUGAAAAGCCUACUUCAUAGAUUUGCUUCUUGAAGAACUUCCUCCAGCAUGUGUCUAUAAAUAAAUCAUAUUACAUGCGCAGUUCAUUAAGCCAAAUAAAGUAUUUUUUUUCUCAUUUAAAACUCUGCUAUUCAUGCACACAGUGACCCAAAACAAAUUUGAUAGGUUAUGACUGAAGACAGAUAAGUUCAUUGAAAUACGUUCUAAGCCUAUAAUCAAAAACGUAUUGUAUUGUGCUAAUACUAUACACGCGCACAUAACACAUACACACAUUUUAUUUUUUUAGAUAUACUUAGGACAUGUUAGUGCCUCUGAAGUUGCAUGACAGUGUGAGGGCAUAAAGCUGUUUUCAAAUACUAAAUACCUGACGUGUGAGCAUACAUUUCCUAGUCAAUAAGGGAUCUAUUGUCAAUGUGCAAAGAUUCCAUACGCUUAGAAGAGUGUAGUUAACCUUUUUCUAGUACUACACUUGAAAAGAGUUCUAGAUCAGGGAAGAGGGAAAUCUGCUGUGUACACUUCUAAUCAAGCAGAGACUAAUAUUUAGGAACAUAAGUUCUGCAUCAGUGUGUAUCCACAUAUACAUUGGUGUGUUUGGGUUACAUACUCUCUCCCUUGAUGGAGAAAUCCAAGGCAGAUCUAGAAGUAGCUGGAGACCCUGAAGGUGAAUCCCAUCAGGAUCUUUUGUCUGAUGAACCAGAUGCCCGCCCUACCUGGGGAUCAAAGGCUCAAUAUAUCCUCGCCCAGGUUGGCUUUUCUGUUGGACUCGGCAAUGUCUGGCGUUUCCCCUACUUGUGUCAUCAAAAUGGUGGAGUCACAGAAUCUGAAUGCACGGACAGUUCUCCCACAAUCUAUUUCUGGAACCGAAAGGCCUUGCACAUUACCAACUCCAUAGAGGAGAGUGGGGGUCUUGACCCAGCCCUUGUUGGCUGCCUCUUUGCUGCUUGGAUGCUGGUUUGUCUCGCCAUGAUCAAAGGCAUUAAAUCUUCAGGCAAGGUUCUGUAUUUCAGCUCUCUGUUCCCUUAUGUAGUUCUCUUCUGCUUCCUUGUACGUGCUUUGAUGUUAGAAGGGGCAGCUGAUGGAAUCAAGAUCAUGUUCACCCCUAAGCUGUCCAUUUGGGGAGAUAUGCAGGUCUGGCGUCAGGCAGCCACUCAGGUGUUCUUUGCUCUGGGCCUGGGCUUCGGCACCAUCAUUGCUUACUCCAGCUACAAUCCUCAGCAUAACAACUGCCACAUCGAUGGGUUGCUUGUGUCUGGCAUCAACUUCCUUACCUCGGUGUUGGCCACACUGGUGGUUUUUGCCGUGCUGGGUUUCCGAGCCAAUGUGUUGGCGCACAGCUGUGUUGUAAGAAAUGCAGACCUUUUGACAGAGCUGGUGAAGAAUGGCUCCCUCUCGGCUGUGCUUCCCGCAAACAUGUCUGAAUUUUCACCUGCUCAAUACAGCAGUUGGUAUCAGGAUCAAUGGAAUGAUACAAAGAAGCAGUUGGAGGAGUGGAAACUUGGUGACUGUCGUGUAGAAGAUGAAAUGAAUAAGGGUGUAGAAGGGACAGGCCUGGCCUUCAUCACCUUCACAGAAGCUAUGACCCUGUUUCCAACAGCCCCCUUCUGGUCUAUGCUGUUCUUCUUUAUGUUGCUCAAUUUAGGGCUGAGCACCAUGUUAGGGAACAUGCAAGGAAUCAUCACUCCUUUAUUGGACAACUUCCAAAGUCUCCAGCGUCGGCGGACGCUCUUCACAGCCCUGUGCUGCCUUAUUGGAUUCGUGCUGGGCUUGAUUUUCGUUCAAGGCUCAGGCAACUAUUUUGUGACUAUGUUUGAUGACUAUUCAGCCACUCUGCCCCUGCUUAUCGUUGUAGCCGGCGAAGCUUUUGCCAUAGCCUGGGUCUACGGAGCUGACAGGUUCUUGGAUGACAUAGAAAACAUGCUGGGCUGGCGGCCAUGGAAAAUCUACAGCUACAUGUGGCGCUUUGUGAGUCUGGCAGCAAUGUUGUGCCUGUUGCUAGCGAGUUUGGUACACCUGGUCAUGAAACGCCCCACCUACACCGCCUGGAACAGAGAAAAGGCAGAGGAGGAGCAGCUGGAAUACCCACCAUGGGCCUUGGGCCUUCUCAUUAGCCUGAUCGUUGUGGCUGCUCUACCCAUUCCAGUCAUGUUUCUUAGGCAGCUCUUGCUGGAACGGUUUUCCCAACACAGCCACAGCUCUGGCCAAAUGCCUGUUCCCACCGAAGAAGAAGAUGGGGUGCAAGAAAAAGAAAGUCCAGCUGAUCUUGAGCUCGAUCCCCUAGGCAAUGGUUACUUGCUUGUGCCUGCAGAAGAGGGGCAGGAAUAGAAUGGGUGAUGUACAGGUAGUCCUCGACUUACAACCAUAGUGGAGCCCAGAAUUUUGGUCAUAAGUCAUUGCGAUCAUAAGUUGGGGCACCACAUGACCGAACUUGAUUUUUAUGACCAUUUUACAACCAGUCAUAAAGUGAGUCAGUCACAGUUAUUAAGUGAAUCGGGGACCUUAAAGCAAACCCAGUAUAUAUCCAAUGGGCGUUUUUUGCCAUUUUUUGGUUAGAAAAUGGCAAAAAACGUGGCAGAUUGUAGUCACAUGACCAAAAGCUGCUGCAGGCGGUUAUACAAGCAAGUCAGUUGCCAAGCACCCAAAAUGCAGUCAUGUGACUCUAGUAGAGUGCGGCAGUCAUAACGUAGGGGACGAAUCACAAAUAGCUUUUCUGAAGUCCCUCGUUGCUUUGAGCGGUCGUUAAGCAGCUAUUUUGAAGUGCAUCGUAACUUUGAAUGGCUAUUAAGCGACAGUUGCUAAGCGAGAACUACCUGUAUAGAAUGUGCAAUUCUCCACCUAUUUGCUGCUGCAUUUUCAGCCUUUUAACAGCCUUACUAAGAAAGAAUAUUUCUUUUCGUCUCUAAAAGGAGAGACUCAUUAUAGUGACUUCAGAGACUGACGCCAGGUCCAAGGCUUCUGAAACUAAAUCAUCAUAGCUUUUCCACUGGAAGCUACAAAAUUCUUAAUUUCCGGCUCUCUCAGAGUCAUGCUUGUCCAUACCUAUUCCAUUGAUAAUGGUGGAAUGGGACCUGAGUGGCUAUUGGUAGGCAGGGAAUUCCAAGCAAAGCAUUUAAAAGCAAAAUCAAGUAUUUAAUGCUUAGCGCUUAUUGGUUAAAGCCUGGUUACCCAUUCCUAAAAGUUGAAUGUAUAUGAUCUAUGUGAUCACAGUGUACAGCAUAUUUUUUAAAGUUAAGGUGGGAGUGAGAGGGAGAAAAUAAUUUAAAAUGUAAAUUAGACUGCUUUAAUGCUCUCAUUUAAGCAGUGUAUUUCGCUAGUGCUUCUUUUUAAACCAAGAAGAAAAGCAUGGGGAAAGGGUUUCCAUAAUUCUUUUUUUAGCUCUUAAUGAUAGUCCUACUGUGGGUCAUGUGACUAAGAGGAAACAGGGCUUAGAUCAGUUGGCAACAUUCCAAGCUCUGUCCAACUAUCUCUCCCAAA